ACUCUAUGGAUUGAUUUUGUUUGUAUUUACAAUUUUUUUACAGAUUUAAAUUGCUAAAAUUGUAUUUUAACUUUGAAUGAGAAUAAGUUACAUAAUUAUACACCAGUAGAUAUGAAAUUGUUUAGAGGCUUGAUGAGCAGCGUAAAAUUUAAUCUAAAACACCAACCGGUUUUAGAGAGCACCAAUGAAUUAUCAAUACAGCUAGAUAAUAGCACCUUGGCCACUAUUUCAUUCGUUAAAGUUGAUGAGAACACCUACGAUUUAGUACACACAUUAAUACCAGAACAAUUGCAAGGGCAAGGUUUAGGGCAGCUUUUUGCAGAAAGAGUUUUUGACCAUCUUCUACAACAUAACAAACAGUUAAAAUUGACUUGUGAAUUCCUUCAACACUUCUACAUAAAAAAUCAAUCAAAAUACAAAGGGCACGUAAUUGAGGAUUUCGAUCUAGCAUAAAAUGGAACACUCAGAUUAUUUUGCCAAAAUAUUCUACCAUUUCCACCACAAAUACUUCAAUUUUAUGCUAAACAAUUCGAAAGAGGCUAUAACAAAAUAUCCCACCAAUGUAGCCUUUAAACUAUAUCAUUCAUUAGCCCUAAUUUUAACAAACAGAUUAGAGGAAGCAAUAAGGGAUCUAGAAGGCAUUAGAGAAGAACAAGAUGUUAAAUUAUCAGCUACCAUAGCUUUAAUGUAUGGCCACAAAAUGCUAGGUAUUGCAGGCAGAGAUAUUUUUGCAACUCUAGAUACUCAAAUGAAGGAUUACCGAAAAACUGCACAAUGGCAAGAUUUUUAUUACUCGGCUUUUGUCUUACUAUCCUUAAGCAAACCAGAGAAAGCUCUGGAUUAUGUUGAAAAAGCUUUAGCAUUGACCAUUGAGCCAGAGACAUUGGCAUUAAAAGGAUGGUUAUUACUGAUAACCAGAUCUAAUGCCAAGCAAAAUGCUUCUACUAUACGUGCAAUAUUUUCUAAUGCCUUACAAAAGAAUUCUAAAGAUAUUCUAGCUAUUUUGGGUUACACAGAAUGCUGUUUGCUGACUGCAGAAUUCGCUGAGGCACUAAAUUCAGUUAAUCAGGCUAUAGUAAGAUGCCCCAAUACAAAUUUGGCACUGCUUCAGAAAAUGAGGAUCUUCUUUGCUGCACGUGAUUGGGAUCAAACUAUUGAAACACUCAAUAGAUUUAACGUAACAGACAGCGAAAUUCUAUACGCUCUCAAAUACGAGAUUUUGAUAAUCCUAUGCCAAUCGGGAAACACCAAAGAUGGCGCGACUAAAAUAAAAAUAUUCCACGACGCUUUGAAAAAAUACGAACCCAACAACUCUAUCGCUUUCACCGAAGCAGCCAAACUAUUUUCAACAGCUUGCGCUAGAAAUGAGACCGUUUUAAAGCAAUGCAUCUUUAUUUCUGAGUCUGCCCUUCAAAUUGACUCAGACACUGCUUCGGUAGUGGUCAAUUUAGGAUUCCAAAUACUUCUUGCCGGUAAAACCAAAGAAGCAAUCAGAUUGUUUAAGUCCGCCACUAAACUUGAUGAAACUUGCUUUGAGGCACUUCUAGGCCUGUCUUGGUGCGAAUUUUAUGAGCACGGUUGCUCAGAACAACUUCAACGACAAAUAGAGUAUCUUUUAGAGCUGAACGAUUCACCAACCUCGUUGUCUUUAAAGUUUCUACAGGCUCGAGCUUCUAAAACUCAGUCAGAUGCAUUGGUUCACCUAGAGCAUGUUUAUAACCACAAAAAACUUCUCUCAAAGAUAUUUUACUAUUCCGAAAGAUACUUACUGGAACUGGAUCCAGAUUUUUGUCUGGAAGUCGUACAAGAGUACCUGGAACGUGCCCCCAACAAAGACCAGGCCUUAGAUCUGGCUAAAAUGAUAGCAGACGCAUGUCCAGGCUCGCCAAAAGCUUUGUACUUGCUGGCAAGAGUACUUACUUCACGAGGUGAUCAAACUUCUGCUCUAAAUAUUUUGGAAAAGCUUUCAAAAGUUUCAGAUGAGAGUUCCAGUGAUGCCAGUCUUUUACAGGCAGAACUUCAAGUUGAUACCGGGCAGUACGAAAGAGCUGCUCAAAGUUUGGAGGCUUGUAUCAGCGUGAACUUCCAAGUUAGAGAAAAUCCGCAAUAUCACUACGUCAGUGCUCUGGUAGAUAAAAAUUCUCAUAACUACGCCGAAGCUAUCCGAGCACUUACAACAGCUCUAAGUCUGGUUAAAGAGAAGAAAUCAUUUUUAACGGAAAAGACAGCUAUUUAUGUUGAAUUGAUCGAUACACUAAACAUUGUCGGUCAAACUGACGAGUCGUUGAAAGUUUUAGAAGAAGCAGCAGAAGAUUUGCGUGGGAGUCCGGAAGAAUCUAGAAUUCUUCUGUUAAGCGCUGAUAACAUGCUGGCCAGGAAGAAUAUUCAAGGUGCUAUAGAUCUGCUUAACAAAAUAACAAAACAGGAAGACUGUUAUCGGGCAGCUAAAAUAAAACUUGCCGACGUGUUUUUAAAGUAUCGCAAAGAUAAGUACGCUUUUUUGCAAAUAUAUCAGGACUUUGUGGAUGAAGAUCCUUCAGCUUCGUCAUAUGUAUUACUGGGCGAUGCUUUCAUGAAAGUACUUGAACCUGAUGAGGCUUUGGAAAACUACGAGAAAGCUUUGAAAGCUAAUCCGAAAGAUCCAGCCCUUACUUUGAAAAUGGGAACAGCCUUGGUGGAAACUCACUACUUCAAUAGAGCUGUAGAGUACUACAAGAAAGCUAUCAAGGACAGUCAUUCAAUAGAACUGAAACUACAACUGGCUGAUUUGUAUCUGAACUUGAGGGAGUACGAAAAAGGGGAGGUUUUGCUACUGAACGAAUUAGAAGAGAACUCUUGGAAGAGUGGUGAGGAACUGGUAGAUAUAAGAUUUAAGGCUCAGCUGUAUCAGCUACUGUCUCAGCUACAGGAGAAGUCUGGGAACUUGACUUAUGCGGUGAAAAGCUUGAAGGAUGCGAUGGAUUGCCAGAUGAGAGUCAAGAAAAGAAUGUCAGUAGAACAGAACGGUAAUACUGAAGAGGUCGACCAAAUUUUAGUAACACUUUCCACAAAACUGGGUGAAAUGGCAUUGUCAAUGAAGAAUUCUGAGCAGGCAGUUAACUAUUACAAAGAUGGUUUGUUGGUAUCCCCUAAUAAUGUUUCCUUAUUGACCUCCUUAGCCAAGCUCUAUAUGCAGACGAAUUAUUUGGAGUUGUGCCAACAAACAUGCGCUACCAUAUUUAGGAUCGAUCCAGAGAAUGAAGUGGCUUCUGUGAUGAUGGCAGACAUUGCUUUCCGAAAGGUUGAUUUUGACAUGGCUCUAUUUCACUUCAGCCAACUUGUAUCAAGACAACCCACCAACUGGGAUGCUUUAAGCAGACUAAUUGAGGUUUCACGCAGGUUGGGCAACUUAGAGGAAUGCGAAGAGUACAUAAACUCUGCCGAGAAAAUGUGCGUGAAUCCCCAAAAGGAGCCAGGUUUUCUCUACUGCAAAGCCUUCUACCAAUGGCAUUCUGGCAACUUGAAUGCAGCGCUUAAGAAUUUUAAUCAGGUCAGGCAAGAUGGCAAGUUUGGUGUCCAGUCCUUGAUGGCAAUGAUCGAGAUAUGUCUUAAUCCUGAUGAUGAGAUGCUGGCAGAACAGUUUAUUGAGAGUGACGAUAUAGAGUAUAGAGACUCCAGAUCUUUGGCUUUAAAAACAGCUGAGAGACUCAUCAAGGAGCUACGCCAAAGAUUCGAGGUUGACGGAGGUGAUCUCUUCAAAUGCCGUCUUCUAGCCAACUUUAGACUUCUAGCUACCAAAGAAAAAUACAACAUCGAAAGGGCUUUAGACGAUUUUGUUUCUAUAGCCUCCCAGUCAGCCACCAAAGACAACCUUGGCACCAUUCUAGGCAUUUCGACAGCCCACGUGCUUCUCAAACAGCAACAACGCGCCAAAAAUCAACUGAAACGAGUAGUUAAAAACCCGUGGACCUUCGAAGACGCUGACUACCUAGAACGAUGCUGGCUUCUUCUAGCAGACUUGUACGUUCAGUCAAACAAGUUAGAUUCCGCCUCAGAGCUGAUCAACAAGGUUGUGCAGUAUAACAAAGCUUGCACCAAAGCGCUGGAGUAUUCUGGUUAUAUUGCUGAAAAAGAACAUCGGUAUAAAGAAGCAGCGAAUAAUUAUGAAGGUGCCUGGAAGACUGGAGGUAGGACUAAUCCUGGGGUGGGUUACAAGCUGGCUUAUUGUCUGAUGAAGUGCAAGAAGUACCCUCAGGCCAUAGAUACAGCCAAUGAGGUGUUGAGACUGAGUCCGGAUUAUCCUAGUGUGAGGAAAGACGUUUUGGAUAAGUGCAUUAAUAACCUUAGGAUCUAAGCUUUAAAAUAAAUUUAUUAAGGGUUUUAGUUUGUUUUAUUUGUAGUUUUUGCUAGUUCUUUGUCGUUCUCUAGACGAUUUUGUUUCUACAGCUUCCCAGUCGGCUAAAAAAAUGUCAAGAUGACCGGCUGGUACUGAAUAAGUUGUGCUCAGUCUCAAUUUUAU